GAUGAGGAUGAAAGGCUGCUCGUUGCUGAGUACAUGCCUAAUGAUACUCUUUCCAAGCAUUUGUUUCACUGGGAGAAUCAAACAAUUGAGUGGGCAAUGCGAUUGAGGGUAGCUUUUCACAUAGCUGAAGCCUUAGAUUAUUGUAAUAGCGAGGGUCGUCCGUUGUACCAUGAUUUAAAUGCCUACAGGGUUCUCUUUGAUGAGGAUGGUGAUCCACGUCUUUCAUGUUUUGGCUUGAUGAAAAAUAGCAGGGAUGGAAAAAGUUACAGUACAAAUCUUGCUUACACGCCUCCUGAGUACUUAAAGAAUGGAAGGGUCACCCCUGAGAGUAUUAUUUACAGCUUUGGGACUGUCCUCCUGGAUUUGCUUAGUGGAAAGCAUACACCUCCUAGCCGCGCUCUUGAUAUGAUACGGGGCAAAAACAUAAUGCUCUUAAUGGAUUCUCAUUUGGAGGGAAAGCUCUCCACUGAUGAAGCAACUGUGGUUGUUGAACUUGCCUCUAAGUGUCUGCAGUAUGAGCCAAGGGAACGGCCUAGCACGAGGGAUAUUGUCGAAACACUUGCUCCGCUGCAAACAAAGUCUGAUGUUCCAUCAUUUGUCAUGCUUGGAAUCUCAAAGCACGAGGAAGCACCAUCAACACCCCAGCGUCCUCUGUCACCAAUGGGUGAGGCCUGUUCAAGGAUGGACCUGACAGCAAUUCAUCAAAUCUUGGUUAUGACCCACUACAGGGAUGAUGAGGGAACAAAUGAGUUAUCUUUCCAAGAAUGGACUCAGCAAAUGAGAGAUAUGCUGGAGGCACGAAAACGUGGUGACUAUGCAUUUCGGGAUAAAGAUUUUAAAACUGCCAUUGAUUGUUACUCACAGUUCAUAGAUGUUGGAACCAUGGUGUCACCAACUGUUUUGGCAAGGCGCAGCCUUUGCUACCUUUUAUGUGAUCAACCAGAUCCUGCACUUCGGGAUGCAAUGCAAGCACAAUGUGUUUAUCCAGAGUGGCCCACGGCCUUCUACAUGCAAUCAGUUGCACUUGCCAAAUUGGACAUGAACAAGGAUGCUGCUGACAUGUUGAAUGAAGCUGCAGCACUAGAAGAGAAGAGGCAACGAGGAGGCGGAAGAGGAUCUUGAGUACAAAAUUUGCAACUGAGAAGACAUUUGAACAUACACCAUUUCCAAUAGUUGUUGAGGCAAACCCCCAGUUUGUGUAAAAUCUGAGUUGAAAACAGAAAUUGUUUUCGGAAUUGGAAAUGUAUUUAUAGGGAAGACUUUUGUUGCUUAAAAAUUUCAUGUAUAAUUUUUCUCCCCACAGGAUUUCAUUUGUUGCAUUCAGAGAAGUGCAUACUCAUACAUCUGCAGGCAGGCCAGUGGCAUUGUAAACAUCAGACUCAAUUGUUGUUAGUGAGGGCAAUCAUGAAAUCUUUUAACAGCUUUUGGGCUUGUGCUUA